AUGACAGAUUUUGACUUCCAGUCAUUUAAUUUGGCUUUGAAUCAAGAGUACAUAGAACUUGAUCUUUUCCACUAUGGACUGGCAAAAUUCUCUGCCCAAGAUUUCGAGGACGCGGGCAUCACACCGGAGUAUCAGUUCCUCAUAGAAUAUAUGGCCGAUCAAGAAGUUGGACAUGCUAUUCUAAUCUCUGAUAUUUUAGGACCCCGCGCUGCUAAGGCAUGUGAAUAUCAGUAUCCAUUCAACACCGUGCGCGAAUUCAUCGACUUCUGCCAAAAGUUGACUCGCUGGGGUGAAUCGGGCGUAUACGGUUUCCUUCCUCACUUAAACAACCGCGCUCCUGCUGAGUUGCUCAUCAAUUCGAUUACGACUGAAGCUCGUCAACAAAUGAUAUUCCGUCAACUUGAGGGUGUUUUCCCUAUGUCGGUAUACUUUGAGGUUGGUAUUCCCCAAGCAUGGGCAUGGACUCUGUUGGCCCCUUACCUUACGCAUUGCCCUGCCGAAAACCCACACAUUGAGUGGCAGAAUUUCCCUGCCCUUGACAUAAAGAACAAUCCCAGUGCUCUUUACAAUGACAGCAAAGCUGCAAUCGCUACCAAUGUAUCUGCGAUUUCCUACCCGGGCAGGGAGGUUCAGUUGUCUUGGGAGGAUCCUGGAAAGACUGUAAGUUAUGACGGGAAGUAUGUCACUACCACCAGCGCCGGUGCUCCCAAGUUCGCUCUAUGGGCGUCCCAACUUAACUCCACAUACACGCCGUUGUACAACAUAUCGAACAAUUGUGCUUACACUAAGCAACCGGAUGGUCGUGUCUUCGGUGAUGGUACUGCCCCAAUCUGGAAUGACACAAUGUUUAUUGCGAUCACGGAUAAAGAUCUAUAUGUCACUCCUUACAAUCUAUCACUGGUCAACCCCCACAUCGUCGCUGGCCCUGCUAUCUACCAGGCUGGCUAA